AUGGAUCAAUACCAAGCAUACAGUUGUUACAACUACAUCGCGGCUCCGUACUGCGGGGCGGCAGUCGAUGGCGGCGAAAUGGUGGAGUGGAGUUCGCGGGGUAGCAGUUACGAUAGCAACGAGGAUAGGGGAUACAGGAGCGGCAGUCCGGAGGCGGUUUCCGACGCCGGCGCCGCCGCCUCCAAAGGACCGAGGGUCACGCCCCAGGUGCUGCGGAAGAGGCGGCUGGCGGCGAACGCACGCGAGCGCAGACGGAUGCAGAACCUGAAUCAGGCGUUCGACAGGCUCAGGACCUUCCUACCGCAGCUCGGACAGGACAGGCAGCUCUCCAAAUACGAAACGCUCCAAAUGGCACAGACGUACAUCAACGCACUGUACGAUUUAUUGGAUCAUCCGCCGCAGCAUCCUCAUCACAACCAGUAGG